AAGUGUUGGUACUACGAGCAGUCAGCUAAUAUCAAAAUUGUUAAAAUGAAAAUCGCUUUGGCACUCUUGGCACUUGUGGCCGCCGCAAAUGCCGCCGCUGUAGGCGAGCCCAUCGGCGAGCUGUCCCUCUCCAGCACUGUAGUGGAGGCCAUUGAGGGCAUUCAGCAGCAAAUGCCGUGUGGUUUUCCCGGCAUGGGAAUCCCACCACUGGCCCCAUUGAAAAUAGAUCACUGGAACUUGGACAUCGACACACCCGCCUUGAAGUUGAAGGGCAGCGUUGACCAUUUCCGUCUAAAUGGUCUGAAUGAGUUCGACAUCGAUGAGAUGAAGAUAAAUGCCAUUACCAGCAAAGUGACCUACAAGUUCAGCUUCUCGAAUGUCAAUGUGGACACCAAGUACGAUAUUGAGUUGCUGAUGAAGAAAUACGGUUUCACCAUUAACAUGGUCGGUGCCGGCCACGCCAAAUUCGCCCUUAAAGACAUGGUUAUUUGGGGCACAAUGAAGUACUCCUUCGGUCUGCUUAGCGGCAAGCUACGCCUCAAGUCAAUGGAGGUCCGCACCCACUUGGGUGAAGUGGAUUCCGAAAUUGAGGGCAUGCUGGGUGAUGGUGCCGUCAACGAGAAAAUGAACGCCUAUUUGGCUGAGGCUGUUGAGACGGCCAUCAAUGAGAAUGAGGACUUGAUUGCCGAGACCAUUGAGUCGGUUGCCCUGCCCGUUGUCAACAGCGCUUUGGAGGAUGUGAAUAUUAUGGAUGCCGUUGGUAGUGGUGGCGAGGGUGGCGAGAAGGAGGCCUGCAUUCCCCCAGAGCUGGACUAGAAAACGAUUACUAAAAAGCGUUAAAUAAAUAUCAUAUACUUAACCAUAAA